AUGGAUGCAUCAUCAGCAUCAUCGAACACACCACCCAAGAUCAAGAACAGCUACAAGUGGUUCCCGUAUUUCAGGGAUUGCAUUGGAGCUAUUGAUGGUACUCAUGUGACUGCAAAGGUACCAAGAUCAAUGUCUGCAGUAUUCCGCGGGAGGAAGCACUACACCAGCCAGAACGUGCUAGCAACUGUGGAUUUUGAUAUGAGGUUCACAUACGUGCUUGCUGCGUGGGAGGGUUCAGCUCAUGAUGUGAGCAUCCUGGCCGACAACUUGUUAAGGCCUGAUGGGUUGAAAAUCCCUGAGGGUUGGGGCAAGGAUGAGUUCUUCGAAGAGGUUAUCACUUUUGAUGAAGUAGAGACCGGCCAUGGCAUGGAUGCGGGCGACAAUGAAGCCUGGAAGGAGAAGAGGCAAGAGUGGGCAGACGCAAUGUGGGAAGCCAGAGGCAACACCACCAUCUGA